GACGAGAGAAAGAGAUCAGUUCAGACUGGAUGAGACGCGGCUCUGCAGUGCUCAUUCUUCAAGCCAGAUGAUGAAAUGUCCAGCUGCCGUUGAUGCUCCUGCAACUCCCGAGUAUGCUAACGGUACCUAUGCUAACGGUGAAGCUAAUCAGGAGAGAAACUGCACAACAAGACCGACAAAUGUCCCAAAUAACACCGCGGGGCCCAGACACCGCCCUCCCUCCAUCUCCUUCCCUCGUUCUCAUCAGAGACGAUAUUCUGCCGACUUCUGCAGGUGUUCCCCCUCCCCCGUUAUCACUUUGAAGAAGAACUUAAAGGAGCCGGACCCCCCUCAGCGUGUCGUCCCCCUCCUCACACCCCAAUCAGUGCCCCGUAAUCCAUCCAAACGCUACUCCUGCCCCCCAUUUGCUGUUUUUAGCGUCAAAACUCGCUCUUUGGCCUCUUCGUCCUCAUCCUCAUCCCCCCCCUCCUCCAACUCGUCCUCCUGCUCCUCUCCUCCACCUGCUGUCCAGACUUCAGUCAUCACUGGUCAUGAUCCAUUAGGUUGGAAACUGCGUCCGAAAUCGAGCUCCACCUCCCCUCGUGCUAACAGGCUAUCUCUGCAAAUCCCAUUCCCUGUCAUUCAUCGUGAAGUCCCCGCAUCAAACUCUCCAUUAACUCCAGAUCCAUCGACUAAAACCAGACCUCCUCUGCAACCAAGACCAACCCGGAGACGCCACUCCGAUUCCUCCGCCUUCCUCACGAAAUCUCACCCCUUUGUGACCCUGGAGGAGCUUCGUAACGUUCAUCUUCACGCGGUUCUCGCUCGGAGUGAGUCUGACGAUGUGUUUAGUGACGGGGGCGAGGAAGAGAAGGUAGAGGAGGUGAAGGCAACGGGCAAAGAACCGCCACCUGUCCCAGAAAAAACUGUCUCGGCGAGACAGAUAGCACAGCUGAUGGCUCGUUCACACCAACGUAAAGAAAUCAUUUACAGCAGAGUCCUGAAGACCAAACGAGAGAAUUCACACGAGACUGGUGUCUUGUGUGAAUGAUGGUCCAAAAAACUGGAGGACUGCGAGAUGAUACCAGCUGCUCUGGGGUCAGAUCCACGCCCCGAUUCCCUGGAUAAUGAGACUACUAAGUAUCAGAAACAUGUGUACACAUUACGGUAUCAUUUAUAUAAUAACACUUUAUAUUAAGGUACACAUGUUCACCAUCAACUAGUUGUUCAUUAACAUGCAUAUUA